AUGGCGAAGAACAAGAAGGCAAAGAGCGCCGAGGCAAAGGCCGAAGCAAAGGCUCGAGUGCAGGCAAAACAGUCGAGAAAAGCAGCCAAGGGGGAGAAGAAGAAUAAAACGAAAGCGGCUGCCCUGAAUGCCGACUCGGACGCUGACGACGAUGUCGACCUCGACGCCGUCCUGGCGGCUUACGCCGAGGAACAGGCCAAGUUCUUGAAGGUGACAGAACAGCCCUGCGGCCCUCCCAGCCCGAGGUCAUCCGGCACCCUGGUGGCGUCGCCGUCCAACAGGAACGAGCUCUUCCUAUUUGGCGGCGAGUACCACGACGGGAGCACGGCGUCGUUCUACAACGACCUCUUUGUCUACCUCGUCGACAAAGGUGAGUGGCACCAGGUCUCCUCUGGGAACAGCCCGUUGCCUCGGAGCGGCCAUGCAGCCUGCCGGGGCGGCAACACCGGCGGCAUAUAUGUGUCCGGAGGCGAGUUUUCGUCACCCAAGCAGAACCAGUUCUACCAUUACCAUGACUUUUGGCAUCUGGAUACCGAGACCCGAGAGUGGACGAAACUUGAGCCACGCGCCAAGGGUAAAAUUCCACCAGCUCGUAGCGGCCACAGAAUGACCUACUUCAAGAACUACAUUGUCCUCUUCGGCGGGUUCCAGGACACAUCUCAGCAGACGAGGUAUCUGAAUGAUCUCUGGAUCUACGACUGCAAGGAGAACAUCUGGCACGAAAUGAAGGCCCCAACGGCGUCCCAGAAGCCUGACCCGCGCUCUUCGUUCAGCUUUCUCCCGCACGAGACCGGCGCCGUCCUCUACGGAGGCUACUCGCGCGUCAAGGCCACGGCCACAAGCGGGAAACAGGGAAAAGGGAGCGGGCCUUUGGUGCGCAACAUCCUCAAGCCACAUGUACAUCAGGAUUCCUGGUUUCUUCGAAUCACGCCUCCUGCCGCAGAGGCUCCAAGCGGGACGCCACCGACCCUACGCUGGGAACGGCGCAAGAGGCCUGCAAACGCGCCUAACCCACCACGUGCGGGUACCACAAUGUCUUACCAUAAAGGCCGUGGGGUUGCCUUUGGUGGCGUCCACGAUGUGGAGGAAAGCGAGGAGGGAAUCGAGAGCGAAUUCUUCAAUGACUUGUUCAUCUGGAAUGUUGAUCGGAACCGCUUCUUUCCUCUCACAUUGAGACGCCCGAAGACUGGAGGAAAGAAACAGACACAAGCACCCCGAGGCCGAGACCGGGGAAAGGCGGACGAGGAAGAACUCUUGCGGAAUCUAGCAGCAUUGCAGACCAAGGGAUCAAUCUCGGCAGCAGAAACAAGGGAAAUAGAACAGGUUCGUCAUGACGACGAACCUGAGCCCACAAAGAAAGACGUCCCCGUGCGAUUCGAGAUGCCUCACCCACGCUUUAACGCCCAGCUCUGUGUUCAGGACGACGUUCUGUACAUAUUCGGCGGCACCUUUGAGAAGAAGGACCUGGAGAUCACCUUUUCAGAUCUCUAUGCAGUGGAUCUCGGCAAGCUUGACGGCGUCAGGGAACUCUAUUACACGGAGCCUGUCAAUUGGAACGUGACCAGCCAAGAGAGCGACGAUGAGAUGGCCGACGAUGAUGAAGAGGAGGACGAUUCAGAUAUGGAUUCUGAUGACGAGGACAACGACUAUAUGUCGGUCGAUGCGCCAUCGACGGCACCGACAGAAGUGACUGUCCCACCCAUAGAACCGGAGGCGGCCACGGAGACCGAGCCCGAAACAAGCGCAAAGCAGGACUCGCGGCCCUUCCCCCGUCCGUUUGAGAGUCUGAGAGACUUUUACGCACGAACCUCGGAGGAAUGGCAGGGGCUUGUACUUGAAUCCAAAAGGGCGAGGGCUACCGCGUCCACGCUCGGGGAGCAAUCCGUGAAGGAGAUCCGGAAGGCAGCCUUCGAGCAGGCAGAGGAGAGAUGGUGGGAUUGCAGAGAGGAGGUCCGCAACCUGGAGGACGAACAAGAAGCAGCAGGCAUCGGGGAGGUUAUCAGCAUGGCCGAACGCGGUACAGAGAGUGCAGCUGCAAGACGGCGCUGA